GAAAAAUUUAGUGAUGUCGUCAAUUGGCUUAAAGCAAAUGCUACAAAAGGGGAGAGUCUGCCAGCACUAGUUUCUCAACCUGCUCAAAAUAAAUUGGUGUCCGAGAUUAAGGGUAACGAGAUAAAAUCUUUCCCAGAAAAUACUGGGAUUGUUUCAGCUGCUACAACUGCAAGCUUUGCACCUUCAUGGAGCUCUGGAGUUCUCUUUACCACUGAAGCAGCACAAGCCUCCUUUUCUUUUGGAAGCCAAAGUUCAGUUCCACUAAAUCAGAAUGCUUCAAGUGAUGUGGAUGGUGAAGGUGACGUGGAACAGCCUAGCAGCCCAUCCGUGAAAAAGACUGAAGAGAAGGGUGUAAUUGUUGUACACGAAGUCAAAUGCAAGCUUUAUGUGAAGGACCCUGGUCGGUCACUUUUCUGGCCGGGAUCAAUAAGUGGAAGUCAUAAAAAAGAGAUCUUUCUCUUCGCACCUCAGAUCAAGAGGAAGGGUAGCUUGUCAAGCUGGCCUAGAAUAUUGAUAUCUUUCUAUGAUUAUUAUUACAUAUAA